CCUCGUCUAAGCAACCGACAAGAGGGUUUACGUUCCUGCUAUCACAGAUGCUCUGUUCUGUACGGUAAUGAGACGGGAUAACCGUGGCCAUCAACGUCGUUCAGCACAGCAAUUUGAACGGAGCCGGCCCUUUAAGGCAGGACGUCCAAUCUUAGUUCAAGCUUAUUUCAAGGAAGCAAGUUUGGGACCAACAAACAAGCUGAACAAGAAGUCCCUCUUAGUAUAAAGCUUCUAACGGAUGACGUCUCCCUCAAACGUCCUUCAGCCUCCGUUAGUCUACUCGCAUCUGCUCGAGCUUAUCUAGUCAACAGCGGGCAUUAUCAAGACGCACCGUUCUUUCUUCAGUUUCUUUGGGCGCGGAUACUACAAUACAGUUCCUUCAUUCUUUAGACACUGAUUUCUUUAGCAUAUGGAAAAUCGUCAACGUCAAGAAGGACGGCAUUACUCUGGCCAAAGACAAUCUGGACAGGCUACACGGUACCGUAGUGAUGUAAUUGGCACAAACAUGGCUUCAAGAAGCGCGGAGCAUAGCGAAUUGGGAGCUGCGUCAGUUUCAAAUUUUACAAGCGUGCCAUGGCCCAACACAGCUGCCUCGGACAGUCGUGGAACUGGAAUCCAAAGCUAUGAACCUAGUCCGAAUUUAUAUAUACACACCCCGUCAUCAGUGGCGGGAUCUGUCGUGUCCACAUACAUGCACGAUGAUUACCCGACUGUUGAUCCUCGCAAUACAAUGCUAAACUAUCCUUAUGCACAGCAUCAAGUUUAUUCCCCCCUCGUGGUUGGGGAUGGAAGGUCAGUAAAACGUACUUCAUUUUAUGGAUACAGAACGUUAAGGCAAACGCAAAGCUCACAUGCAUCGAGCAUCUCACCGGGCAUUUUCCCUAGAAGGAGCUCUGAUUCAUCUCUUGCAGGUGCACUCGGUGGACAUCCAUCUCCUAGUUCUCCAACCUCCGUUGUAACACCGACAACUGCGGGAACAUCACACUCCGAUUUCUGGAUAGGACACGGAAAUCAGCCUUUUGGAUCCGGUAAUGAAGGUCCAGUGCCUCACUAUCCUCCGAUGCCAUACCAAGAGUCAAUUCAAGGAAGGAUCUAUGAUCACGCGGAACGUCUGGGCACGAUGCACCCAGGCGAGCUACAAGGUGCAAGUCACAAUAUGUAUAGGAGUUGGGGCCCUGCUAUAGUGAAUGCUGCACCUGGACAAUUGGACAACGCUACCCAGUUGACGGAACAGGCUGUACACCAAGAUCCCGUAGUCCCUGUCCCCUCCACUUCCUCACCAAGAAUACGUCUAUUAUCGACGCGUGAAAAUGACGCCUCUCCGUCCAGGAACCCUCGGGCAAACAAACGUGCACGAGGUUCCAGGCCCCAGCCAUUGAGGGGAACUCAUGUAUCAACAGGGCUCGGCCCAGGGAACAAUAUGAUCCAUUAUGGCACUGUGUUCACACAGAACCCGGGACCUUCCCCUCUGCCCGGCGACACAGGCUCUGGUAGUAUGAACGUGAGGUUUAAGUCCGAGUACCCAGGUAGAUCGACCAGUGGACGACCUACGGCAACCGGCAAAGGGAAGGGAAGACUAAUAUUACAUGAGGGGGACUACCUCCACCAAUCAGCGCCUGGACCCAGCAAUCAGGCUGAGACUUCGUCGACUGGAAAGAAAGGCCCGAACAGAAUUCGAAGAAGGCAUCAACACUACUAAGGAGUGUCGGACCCAACCGCCCCCAGUCCAUUCAAUGCCCGUUCGCAGACUGCAACCAGAAUAUUCCAAACCAUCUCGGCUUCAUUCACCAGCACGUCCAAUCCGAGUGUCAGGCUCCUUCAGUUCGUGCCGUGCGCGAAAGUCAACAAGUUGGAAGUAGAGACCUUCAAAGAAGUAAAUCCAAUCGUCCCAAAAUAAAGUGUCCAACGUGUCGCGGAAGGGUGUACGUGCGACUGGACAGAUGGGCGGAUCAUUUAUGCGGGAUACAUGGCGAGUGGCAUAGGUAUAGAUGUGAGGAGGUUGGUUGCGGUGCUGAGUUCACUAGUGAAAGGGAUCUCAACAGCCACAUGAAGUCCGAGCAUUAGUAUUUUACUCUCUCACAGUCUUGGCCCUCUGUUUUUCUUUUUCUUUUUUUUUUUUGGUACAUAUCUUGUUCUUGCCUUCGAUACCCAUUAAGAAUGCUUGUUCCGUGAACAAUGCUUUGGUAUAUAGAUUACUGCAUUUGUGUUUAUUCGCUUUUGUUCCGCAUCAGUUCCCGCAACAUAUUUAUAGCAUAUCCCUCUGUAUGUUCUGCACGUAGUUGUCGUCCCACUGUAUCGACUAGCCUUCUAGUUUUUACACUAUAUACCCUGUAAAUAAUCAUUUCUAGUGCG